UUGGCUGCCAUGGCAACGAUGGAACCAAACAGGGUCAGUUAGCAAGGGGACACCUUGCAGCCAUCUCCAGGCACCCUGAUCACACUUGUAUCUCCAGGAGCAAGACAACUAACACAGGACUGCUGAAUCCCGAGCAGGAGCAGAGCCAGGGACCAUGGCCUCCGACCUGGAGCCUGCCCCAUGUGCCAGCCCCGAAGGCAAGGUGAUGACGACAAUGAAGAAGAAGAAAAAGAGAAAGAGGCAGCCGAGCACCAGCCAGGGCGAUGAGGAGCGCCAGGAGGCCCAGGCCGAGAUUGAGGGCCUCACCAAGGCCGGCAGCCUGGCUUUGGCCCAGGAGCAUCCCGAAGAGGCGCUGGCCUCCUUCAAGAAGGCCUUCCUGAUGUCGCUGGACGUUGGGGAGCAGAGCGUGCAGAGAGCAUGCGCCUUCAACCUGGGGGCAGCCUACGUGGCCUCGGGCAGGCCCGCCAAAGGCCUGGACUUCCUGCUGAGGUCCCAGCCGGCCGAGGGCGACGAGAGGCAGGGCGACCUGUACUUUAACUUGGGCAUCGCCCAGGAAGAGCUGGGGGACCUGGAGAGCGCCGCCGAGCAUUACGAGCAAGCCCUGGCCCACUACCGGACCCGCCAGCCGCAGGGCGAGGCGGACACCUGCAUGAAGCUGGCCAGUUGCCGGGCACGGGCCGGCCAUGAGGCCCAGGCUGCCCGCUGCUUCCUCAGGGCCGGACGCCUCUACCGCCAAGGCGGCGGGCCCGACAUGGCUGCCGUCGCCCUGAACGAAGCAGCCGGACACAUGCUCCAGUGCCGGCACUUCACCGCCACCCAGAUCACAGAGGUGUUGAACGAAUGCCGUACCGUCUGUGGCAACAUCCAGAACAAGGCCCUGCUCGGGAAACUCUACAACGACAUAGGGCUGAGCUACUCGCAGCUGAAGAUCUUCUCGCUGGCAGCCGAGUGCUUCGAGCAGGCGCUGCCCUACUGCAGGCGAGAUUGCAGCGAGCGGAGGAAAGAGGCCGUCAUCCUGCAGAAUCUCGGCGCCGUCUACAACACGACCGGGGACUUCAGCAGGGCACUGACCUUCCACCAGAGGGCCGCUGCCCUGCACGGUUCCCUUGGAAACAGGAACGCCCAGGGCCAGUGUUUCUGCAACCUGGCCUAUGCUUGCAGUCAGCUGGGUGACCAUGAGGAGGCGGCAGAGGGCUACCUGCAUGCGCUGCAGGCUUUCAAAGACACCGAUGAUUUUCACGGACAGUGGCAGGCUUGCGAAGGCUUGGGAGCUGCCAGGUUCCGUCUGGGAGACCCUGAGAAGGCCACACUUUACUACAAGCUGGCUCUUGCUGCUCUGGCCAAGUCACAGGAAUCUACCAGCUCGGCACAAGAGAGGAUUGUGAACAAGUUGGCAGACGCCAUCCAGUAUAAACUGUCUCUGAACAGUGUUUUGCCCCAUGCUGGGGGCAUCCUUCCCGCCAUGCCUUUGUAUCUACCAGGGAACUUUCCACGUACGAACCCGUUGUGUGGACCAGUGGCCGUGACCCAGGGGCAGGGGAAAGGGCAGCAGUCACAGCGCAGGCAGCACGUACAGUAAGUGGGAGGCUGAGUGUCGACC